AUGGCCGUGUCAGUUCUAGUGGUGAGAAUGUCGACCGCUUCCAAUAGCGAUAAGCCCCCCUUGCAAAUCACACUUUGGGGCAUGCGUGAGGCAGAAGACACAGUAAGCUGGCGGCGUGUCUUCGGAGAGGUGGUCCUCGUCUCUCCACUGCAGUCGUUUUGGCGCUCUGGGUCCCGUGUUGGAACGCCGGGUCGAGACUCGCACGUGCGGAACUGGCCCAACGAUCUGCUUACUGCGCGGCCUUUGCAGGAUCCGUCUCACGUUUCAACCGUACAUUUGGAGAUCUGUACUGGUAUCGACAGUGAACAGGUCGCGCAGAUUUCGCAGCGGCUCAAUUUCCGCGGCAUUGGGACCAAGUCCCCGACUGCUCAUUGCCGAAGACAUGCCGAAGACCCAGACCACGAUGUCAAUUUGUCAACGCGAGGAUGGAGAGAGCCCAGUACUAGUGCCGAGGAACAGAGAUGGUAG